UCCUGCACUUGUAAGACAUGCAUAUGACAGAUCAGCAACAACUGGUAUUGCAAGAAAAGAAUUUCAAGAAACUGGAAUCUGGCCCUUCAAUCCACAGAUCUUUUCUUUGACUGACUUUGCACCAUCGAUGACAAGUGAUUGCACAGCACCAACUUAGCAGAAAAUAUCCAAUAAUCAACCAGGAAUGAUUGAAAAUCAACAGUCAACAUUAAAGCCUGUAAUUAAUGCAGUCACAACAGAAUUAACUGUAUUGUUUAAUAAUAAUGACUCUUUAUUGUUGCCAAAUGCUAGUAGUGAACCAAAAUGCAUUCAGUCGAACCUAGAUAUAAAUGUUGAUAGAACCCAAAUAGAUUUGAACCAAGUGCCCAAAACUGUAUCAUCUGAGAAUAUUCGGCCUCAUCCUAUUGCUUCUAGAGUUACAAAUAAUGCUAGCCGUAAGAGAAAUUGUAAGCAAGCCGAGGUGGCAACAAGUUUGCCUUUUAAAGCUGCUGUUCAAUUAGCUACACUCAAGAAACAAGAAAAAUUGAUAAAGCAAGAUUUGAAGAAAGUUUUUAAAGAAAAGAAGGAUCAGCUUAAAAUAACAGCUGAAAAUAAAGAUAGAAAGAAGAAGAAUGACAAAGGCAAAAAAAGAGUGAUAAAAAUAUCUGGCAAAGUUUGUGAAACUCAAGAAAUUUCAUGUUGGUAUUGUGAAAUUAUCUAUGGUGAUCCUAACGAUCCAUUGCUUGAUGAUGACUGA